CGCGGUUGCCCUGGCAACUGUGGGCGGGGCAAGUCUCCCGGCGAGGCGUGAGCCUCUUGGUACCAGGCGCAGUUGCUAGGACGACGGUUAGGAAGGCACCGCAGCAACAAGGCUGGGAAGCUGCGUGAAACCCCGAGGUUGGAGCGACAACUGCAGCGAUGGCUCACGAAGGCUCGAGGCAGGAGAGGCAGAUCCGGGACCGAGGGGUGACCAGAUCCAAGGCGGAAAAGGUGAGGCCGCCUACGGUGCAGGUACCACAGGUGGACAUCGUGCCUGGUCGGCUCACAGAGGCAGAAUGGAUGGCGCUCAUGGCUCUGGAGGAGGGAGAGGAUGUUGUGGGGGACAUCUUGGCUGAUCUGCUGACUCGAGUCAUGGACUCUGCCUUCGAAGUCUACCUGACCCAGCAGUGCAUUCCAUUCACCAUUAGUCAGGCCCGGGAGGCGAUGCUGCAGAUCACCGAGUGGCGCUUCUUGGCCAGGGAUGAGGGAGAAUCUGCAGUGGCCGAGGACCCCACGUGGGGCGAGGACGAGGAACCUUUGGCAUGUAGGACAGAUGCUUGGGCUCAGGGAUCAGUGCCUGUGCUGGAAGCGCCAGCCUCUGUGGGGCUCGAGGAGAUCUUCCAAGACGAAGAUCGAGGGAGCAUGAACCAGAUCUCUUUAGGAAGAUCUUGGAUGGCCAGAGGCUCUCAGGAGCAGAUGGAAAUUUCGGAGCCUUCUCCAGAGCUGCGAGUUACUUCGGACCCCCCACCUACCCCAGAGGUGUUUCAGGAGACAGGGACUGGGGGUCUUUUAGAAGAACUGGACAUUCAGGCCAGAGAUCACCAGUCCUUAGCUGGAUCCUUGAACUUGAGGGGCCAGCAGUCAGGGGAGAUGGCUGUCGAUGGCAGUCCCCACCCUUUUCUGGAGCUGUCCCAGGUAGCCAGCACCCAGGCCUCGGCCCAGAGGGAACAGCCCUGCAGCUCCCAGUUCUCGCUGGAGGACCUCUAUUAUUGCACCGUGCAGCCACAAGAGACUGGGGACUGGCUGAAGCUCAAGAAGGAGAAAGUGCCCCGCAAGGACUCGGCCAUGUGGGUGGUCGGUCCUUCCGCCUCAUUAGAGCCACAGCAGCCUAGGUGCGCAGACCCGCCGCAGCGAGCACUUCACUACAGGGUGGGCCAAAAGGCCACAGCAUGCCUGGACCCCGCAGGGCUGCCACGCCACUGGGUGCACCCACUGGUGGAGGUUCUGGUUUCAGACUCCGAGACACGCCCUCUGGAAGCCUACCACCGGCGCAAGAGGGGUGGGAAGACUGAGGCUCAGGCCAGAUCCAUAGCACUGGGCCCCCAUGUCCGUGGCUCCCCAACAGUUUUCUUUUCUCUCCCACCUAGUGCUUCUUUCCGUGUCUUGGGCCAGAGCCCUGGUCUCCAAUCCUCCUCUUUGAGCGUAGGCCUACAGCCACCAGGCUUUGGGUCAAAGUUGCCCUUUCCCAGCCCUGGGUUUCGCUUUCUCACCACCCACCCAACCCUCCAGGAUCUGGCCCGGGGCCCCAGCCCCAAACUGUGGCCAGGUGCCAGGUGGCCCAGUGGCUGUGAGGGGGAGGCAGAACUGCUGGGUGAGAUGUGGGCAGGCUGCAGCCGAGUAUCUCCGCAUGGCCUUCAUCCCAGGGACCGGGAGGGUCAGGAUCCUCACAGGUGGCCUCAGAUGGCAUCUGGAGUCCUCGAGGCCACAUCCCAGGUGAAGUGGAAGCCCAUGUUGCUGCCUGAGGCAAUGAAGCUGGCUCCUGGUGUGAGCUUGUGGAACCCAGCCACCCAGGUGCUGCUCAGAUCUGCAGGACCCCAGGAGGUAGACAAAGAAGGCAGCACCUCUCCUCCCAUCCAGCAGCACUCCACCCAGACUGGCGCCCCAAAGCCUCAGGUGACCAUGAGACAGCUAAGGAAGAAGUCAACACCAAAAGUGUGAUCAGUCCUCUCCUAGCACCUGCCUCAUUCUGGGUCCUGAAGCUCAGGCAGUAGUUUCCUUCUUUCUGCUUCCUGGAAUAAACACCUCAGUUGCUCUAAGA